AUGGUUCCAGUAAAACAACUGGAUGUGAUGGACUUUUCUCUGGAACUGCUGUAUGCUGCUCAAGAUUCACACCCUUCCGGCAACAACUGGGCCAAGGGAGAAUCAGAGAUCAAAGUUGCGGAAUUGGGCUGCGCAACAGGAGCCUUGGUAAACAAAUUAGCCUCUCGAUUCAAGAACAGCACCUUCCUUGGUUCGGACGUAGCAAGCAAGCCACUAGAAGAAGCCAGAGCAGAUGCAAAUAGCCGUGGCAUUCAGAAUAUCACCUAUAGCACUGAUAAUAUUGAAAACAUAUCUGAAAAAUACAACGAGAGGUUUGACUGGAUACUCACCCGCUUUGUCAUUCCCUAUUCCUUUGCCUAUCCCCAGCAAGCUUUAAACCAGAUCUAUCGGUGUCUGAAACCAGGAGGUAUUUUCAGAUUGAUUGAGGUUGGACUUGAGGGAGGAAUUAUUGGUAACAUUGCAAAUGGGACAUCUAUGUUCUACUACUCGGCAAGCACAAUUUUGUGCAUCCCGGAGGGCUUCCGCCAGCCUGACUCUGCAGCGCUUGGGGCAACAUGGGGUGCACCUUUGGCAAGAGAGAUGGUUGCCAAAGCUGGUUUCACCAUCAUAAACGAGUCUGCAAGUCCCACUGAUGAGAAGGAAAUCCACUUUGUCUGUCAGAAGUAG